CGUGGGUGGACAGCUCAGCGGUGGCCUCUGGACUUAGUCCCUGUUUGCUCCUCCGAUAACUGGGGUGACCUUAGUUAAUAUUCACCAGCAACCUCCCCCGUCAUCCCUGUGGGUCCACGGCUUAAAUAGGCACUAGAGACAAGGCCCUGUCUCCUCAGCCUUGGUCACCGGCCCCGGCCUGGGACAGUAACUGACAAUGCCAUCCUCCAUCACCUGGGGCCUCCUCCUGCUGGCAGGUCUGUGCUGCCUGGCCCCCCGCUCCCUGGCACAGGGUCUCCAGGGAGACGCUGUCCAGGACACAGAUGCAUCCCAGCACGAUCACAAGCACCACCAGGAGCCAGCCUGCCACAAGAUCACCCUGAACCUAGCUGACUUCGCCUUCAGCAUGUACCGCCAGGUGGCUCAUGAGUCCAACACCACCAACAUCUUCUUCUCCCCCGUGGGCAUCACUACAGCCUUUGCGAUGCUCUCUCUGGGGGCCAAGGGUGACACUCACGGCCAGAUCAUGGAGGGCCUCGGUUUCAACCUCACUGAGAGAGCAGAGGAUGAGGUCCACCAAGCCUUCCAGGAACUCCUCCGCACCCUCAACCACCCAGACAACCAGCUGCAGCUGACCACUGGCAAUGGUCUCUUCAUUUCUGAGGGCAUGAAGCUACUGAAUAAGUUUUUGGAGGAUGUCAAGAACCUGUACCACUCAGAAGCCUUCUCUAUCAACUUCGGGGACACUGAAGCGGCCAAGAAACAGAUCAAUGAUUAUGUAGAGAAGGGAACCCAAGGGAAAAUUGUGAAUUUGGUCCAAGAUCUUGACAAAGACACAGUUUUUGCUCUGGUGAAUUACAUUUUCUUUAAAGGUAAGGUUGCAACACCAGCCUGAGCUGUUUCCCACAAA